UUGUUGCUCUUAUUUAUUUUCAGAUUGUUCUUUGUUCUUGUUAAGUUUUUGUUUGCGGAUUUUAAUAUUUUACUUCGCAAUGAGUGAAAAUACCAUAAGGUUUUCCACAAUCUCAUCUCAGUCUACUUAUGGCACAACUUCAGGAUUGGAUUCUAAAACAUCGGGAUCCUUAGACAGCUCGGCCACUAAGCAAAGUGCUGAGGAAAAACUUCGAUUUGAGAAGCCCAACAAAGAUGAUAAGCCCAAAAAAACAGAUUUCAAAUCGUAUCCUAUAACCUUACCAACUGAUAAAAAGACGAAGAUCACUAAGAAAGAAACCAAAAAGCAAAUAGAAUCUAUUAAACCCAUUUUGAAGAAGGAAACUCAAACUAGAACAAUACGAGAUUCUUCAAAUUCAUAUGCCAGAAACGAUAAAUGGAACCUGAAUAAAGCCACCUUUAAAGUGGUUGAAAAACCAAAAGGCAAAACAUUUAAACUCUCUGAAAGCAAGUCCCAACUGUCGGUAAUUUCAAAGAUAUCAACUCGAAAUGUUAGUCUAAGGAGUUUCAAUCGGGAUGAUAUCUCUAGAAAUUACUCUCUGGGUUCGGGCUUAAGCUCCUCAGGGUCUGCCCUGACUAUAUUUUCAAAUAAAACUCAAUUGUCUACAUUCUCGAAGGGAAGUAAAAAAUCGCAGAAUAAAUUAUGGGGUCCAAACAAAAUUCGCAAACUGAAAGCUCAAAAAAGGAUUCUGAAGUUCUAUUAGGGAAAACCCAAUUACAGUCAGAGCCAAAGAAGCCUUCGAAAGUAGAUGAUUUGAUCCCUUUAUCGAAUUCCGAUGAGGAAGAGUACAUGCUCGAAGCAGAGAGUCCUUGUAGGGAACCUGAGGAGCAAUCGAUAGAUGACACAGCUGAACGAAAUGCUUUUCUAAGGAUUUUUGGUAGUGUGCCAGAUAUCGAAGCCAUUUCCAGUACAGAAACUCUGGAUAAAUUGAAAUUAGCCGAUGCAGAAGCUGACUUUGAGUAUGUAACACCCGUUGAUCGUUAUAGCGAAGAAUCCCAUGUAUCAGAGGCACCAAUUAGUUCUCUAGAUGAAAUUGAAACUUAUAGAAUACAUAAGACCAAAAGCUAUCAAAGUUCAGAUAUUAGUUUGGAUGAUCUAAUUGAAAGUGAAGAUGAACCGGUGAAAGAACCUAGUGAUGUAGAAGAACCCCAAGUGGAGGAUAUAUCUGUCCUUAUGAAGAACAUUGGCGAUCAAAAAAUUAAUGUGGACCUUGAGAGCUCUUCGUCGAGUGCAGACCAAAAAUAUCGUUUGCUAUUAAUCGAAAAGUUGGACGCAUUCCUUGAUGAAUUACUCGAACAGGCUGCAAAGUUGGCCUUUAGGCCUCGUAUGCAACGAAUUUUGGAUACUGGAAAACUAAUAGAUGAACUGAAAAAACUUGUAGAUCAAUAUAAAGAGUUUUUGCAUCAAAAUCACAAUCUCGAUGUCAUAAUUUUUGAGUAUUUUAUACUCCGAAAGGAUUUUGCAUAUAUCAAUAUGGAUGGGGAUGAUGAGAUACAGAGACCUCGUUUCAUGGAAGCUAUUAAGAAGCUAGACUUUCAGUUGGGUCGUGAAAAGGAGGCAAAAUUAUUCAUCGAUAAACUUUUGGGCGAACUUAAAGAUCAGGAGAAAUUUGCCAAAAGAUUUGAAGUUGAAAAGGUCGAGCAAUUCGAGGCCAAAGUUAGGAAAACUCUCUUGAAGGAUGGAUACGAUCGUCUGAGUUUUGUGAUCAAAGAUCAGUUCAAAAAGAUGAACAAAGUACGCGAUGAAGUAUCCAAAUCUAGACAGAAAUUGGCCUUUGUUCAACAUGAGCUGGCAACCAUUAAGAUUAAAUCUGAGAAAAUGGAAGACCAGGGCAUUGGCGUUAGUGAAUAUUUGACCAAUCAGGCAGUCAUUCAAAAAAUAUGCGCCAAGAUUAAUGAAAGGGACGCUGAGCUGAACCGUCUAAAGGAUCGUGUUACCUAUGAUGUCCACACAAUGGCUCAUUUGAAGGAAAAGGAGAGAUCAAGUCGAGAUCAGCUGAAAGAGAUGAAGGAGAAACUAAAGUCCAAGAGGCUGAGACAAAAGGAACUCCGAGAUCUUCUUUAUACUGGAAUGAUCAGGAGGAAAAGUCUUAAAAAGGAAAUAGAAAAUGUCCGGCGUGGUAGCUUAAUGCAUUAUCCGGAAAUGCUAAGAGAUUAUGAUGCCACAAAGGAGCAUCUUCAGGCCAAGCAAAAGGUUAUUCAGAAACUGAGAUUAGAGCACAAUCGCCUCAUAAGAAAAUAUCGCAAGUGGAAUCAGUAAUAGAAGAAGGAGAAAACUAAAAUACAAACCUUACUUUUGAUAUCCUUGAUUUGUUUUAUGUUGGUGUCGACUAAAAUAUAAUAUUCUUAACGAA